AAAUCAUCACAGAGGAAAAAAAACAAAACAAAAAAAAUCAGCAACAACAAAGAAACAGUACCCCAUCAACCCCUUCUGAAAAGCGGAAAAGAAGAAACAAGAUCCACCUCGAACCUCUCUCCUCACCUAUCCAUCCCCUCACCUCCCUCCCUCCCUCCCUCAACCUCACAACAAUUCAAUCCAAUUCCAAAUCCGAAUCCACCCUACCAAAUAGCUGUCUCUUUUUUUAUUUUUUGGGGGUUUUUAAGUGGUUAAUUAUUCAUUCUCAAAUCUGAGCUGAGCUGAGCUGAGCUGUGGGAUGAUGAGUGUGUGAGGAGGAAAUUAGGAGAGCAAAAUAGUGGGAAUUGGGUUGGUGGGUAAGCAGCUGAGUGUUGUAGAAGAGUUUGUAGGAGUGAGGAGGAGGAGGAGAGAGAGAGAGAGAGAUCAAAAGAAAAUAAUAAUGAGGGAAGAUGAGUCCAAUUGGUUCUCCAGGUGGGAAGAAGAGCUUCCUUCACCUGAGGAGCUCAUGCCCUUAUCCCAAACCCUAAUCACUCCUGAUCUUGCCUUGGCCUUUGACAUCAGAAACAACAACCCCAACAACCCAAGUAGCCCCCAAAACCAACAACCCCCACAACCUCCUCAGCCACCACAUACCCCUCCACCUCCUCCUCCUUCCUCCUUGCCUCCCGCCACCCCGACCCACCCCAACUCCUCCGCAGAAUUCGCCGAUUCUGCCGAGCUGGGUUCUGGUGCGGGCGGGGAAGAGCCCGCCCGCACGCUGAAGCGGCCCCGCCUCGUGUGGACCCCGCAGCUCCACAAGCGCUUUGUGGACGCCGUGGCACACUUGGGGAUCAAGAACGCCGUCCCCAAGACCAUAAUGCAGCUCAUGAGUGUGGACGGCCUCACCCGGGAGAAUGUUGCCAGCCAUUUGCAGAAGUACCGUCUCUAUCUCAAGCGUAUGCAGGGCUUGUCCGGCGGAGGCAGCGCCGGCGGCGGUGGUGGAGGAGGAGGAUUGGCAGCCUCCGCGGACCCCGCCACUGAUCAUUUGUUUGCAAGCUCGCCGGUUCCGGCUCAUUUCCUGCACCCGCAUCCCGGGGGAAGGCCCAAUUCGGAGCAUUUCAUGCCCUUUGUGCCGGUGGCUCUGCAGCAGCACCAUCACCAGCAGCAGCAGCAGCAGCAGAUGGCUGCGGCUGCGGCAGCUGCGGUGGCAGCCCAUCCCCAGUAUCACAGGCAGGUGGGGCAUUUUGGGUCCCCACCAAAUGGCCAAUUUGAGCAUCCAUUCUUGGCAAGGCAGUCGUCACAGCCAGUUCAUAGGAUGGGGGCGCCACUGCAUAAUCCAGUGCCAGGAAGCUAUGUAGAGGACUUGGAAUCAGCUAAUGCAACUGGUGGCAGGAAAGUUCUUACUCUGUUUCCAACUGGGGAGGAUUGAAUUUGGGUAAUUGUCAUCAGUUUUGUUUUCAUCUUGCUUUUGAGUUCAUUUAAUUUCUGGGUCUUGUGAAAUUGGUGUGUGGUUGUACUUGUUAGAGGUUUGAUUCAGGAUCUAAAUUAUUGGAUUUCCUUGUUGUGUUAGUGGGUCUUAGUAACCUUGGUUGGUGGUGAUUGCUAGUGGGCUUCAAAUGAGAUCUGUGAAUUCCAUUUCCAGAUCCAAAAUUUCAGGUUACUAUGUGUUGGUGACCAUCGGGGUUUGUUUCACUGUAAUUUAUGGAGUUGAGUAGUAUUAGGGGGGCGUCUCUAUGUGGCCUUUUCUCUGGAACUGCUACUUGUGUAAUUAUAUUGCUGGUAGUAGCAUAUAAUCUAUAUCUCCCCUGUCACCCUCUAGUGAUGUCACUCAGAGCGACAGCAAUUCAAGCCCUUCUUUGGGAAAAAAUCGUAAUGGUAUCAUGGCAAUGGAUUGAUCCGGGUUUCUUACAAGUUCAUUUCUCCAUGUUAUAUUGACGAAUCAACUGGGUUUUCAUUCAACUCGGAGUCUUCUUGCUCGAGGGAGGGGGUUUUCUCAUUGGUAUUGCCAGUAGGGGUGGAAGAAGCGACAAACGACUAAUUCUGAGCUUGCAGAUGAGGAUAAAUAAUGUUGGCAAGUGCUUUCUUAUGUAAGUUCUCUGGAUAGCUAAGGAUGCUGUUGGUAACUGUGCUUGACAUAUUUGCUACUGCAUUUCUUGGCUUAUCAAGAAAUCUCUUCUUUGUGGAGUUAUGCCUUUGCAUCUCUUAGUUUAGUCUCAUGUAGAGGUAAGUUGUACUUGUUGUACAUUUUGUGACUUUGUAGACAAUUUAAACCCUGAUAUUAGGGGAUCUGUUGAAACAAUUCUGAUUUUAUUAGAAGGUUA